AUGUUCCACGCACACCUUCGUGCGCAGUAUGCGGAUCGAAUACUAUAUUGGGAGAAGAGAGCUAUGAGCCGAUUACAUGGUUCAGCCGUCUGCGUAAUAGCAGACGGCAUGGACCAAAUGAAGUAUUCGUUGCCAAGAUCUCCUUUGGUCAAGUCCAAGGAAUUUUCCACAUUUCAACGGGUGAAGCUCCACGUGGCCUGUGCGAUCUGCCACGGGCGCUUCGUUCUGUUUACUGUGGGGUUGCCCGACACCAAGAAGGACAGCUUGGCGGAGAGAAGGGAAAUCCCAGCAGAGCAGAUCAGCCACGUUGAGAAUUUUUUGCCCAAUCUUCGGUUUCCUUUGUAUCGCAUGUCUCGGUGCAUGAUCAAAACUGGACCGUUAUCCUUGCAUUCGAACGCAGCGCCCAUGCAUCCAGAUUCCUUCGAUAUUCCGCCCAACAUCAUGAGGAGUUGGUUUUCUACCGCCAAAGCGGUUCUGGACACAGUCCGCGGUGCAUGGAGGAUCUAUGAUCGUCAGGAGGCAACAGUGCCUUGGGCGGAACAGGGAGAUAGCGACAUCAGUCUCGACUUUGGACAACAGUUUGAAGAAAGCAAGUCUGGUCGUCUUUCCUUUCUGUUCGGUUGGUUUGGGGUGUCAGUUUUCCACGUGGUAGCGGAGCAGUUGCUCCUGGUCCGCUCCAUGGCGUCCCCGCAGAGGUUAGAGGAAGGUUUGGCAGGUCAGGCAGGGCACAUCUUGUUUGGAGGUUGUCAAGGGCAGCAGCAGCAAAGCGUAGUUACUCCACAAGCGGCACACACAGCAGCAGUGCACGCAUGCGGAAACCCGACUGUGCAGCAGCAAAAUGCUACGGAAGUGAGUCAGUUAAAGAACAUGGUUUUUGCCUUGCAGCAAGGGAUGAAUCAGCUUUUCAGUUUGUUUCGAAGUGCUGGACCGGUGGCAGCAGCGCCUGUGAGUGGUGCGAUGCUGGGACCUCAGUUUGGAGGACAGAAUCCAGUGAAUCAGCAGUAUCUGAACGGACAAGGGAGUCAACAGUUUCAGAAUGGACAGGGAAAUCAGCAGUUUCAAAGUGGGCAGUUGGGCCCUGGUUUGUUAAAUGCCCCGUUUGGGCAGCAGUGUCCGCAGCCGUUUGGCCGACAGUACGGUGAGGAGGCAGAACGUUCUCCAACAGCCCUGUUUGGGCGAAAUUUGGAGCAGGGACAUUCCAACAGUGGCUUGGAUGUCUUGAGCAAGACAGAGAAGUGGUUGCCAGGGCUUCCGAAGCCUGGUCAUGAAGGUUGGAAAGAUCGUGAAUCAGAGAUCGUAGGAUUUCACGAUUAUCUGGUGGAGCUACGGAGUUGGGCUUCAUUAGUAUCUCCAAAGUUUGCUGCAGAGAUCUCCGAAGCAACUGUGACCCCUCAGGAAAUAGUGCUCAGUUCGCUGUCGCGAGACCAACAGAGCAGGGCUGGACGUUUGCUGUCCAUAUUGCGAGCGGCAUUCAGUGGACAUGGUCGUGCUGAAAAUAUCAUCAGAGCCUUCUGUGAGGGUGUUUCGUUUGGUGCUGGAUUGAGCAGCGUUGGUUUCAAUGACAAUGGGUUUGAGUUGCUACGAGUCUUGACAAAAGAGUUUACUUUGCAGAGCCGAGCUGAGGCAUUGGCCUUACGGGCUGAACUGCUACAGAGACAAUUCAUGCCUGCUAAGGGCGAGACUUCACAAGGGACAAUCGUUGCUGACACAAUCAGGCGCUUGGAGACUUCAUUGGCAAAGUACAACAAGCUGGUGUCUACACUGCCGAACAUCGUUGAUCGUUCAGGUGUUGAAGUCAGCGAAGCUGACCGCUUGGUACUGCUACUUCGUUCUUUGCCAGCAGCAUGUGCUGAGUUUGUUCUUCUUCACAGUAAGUUGAUUCACAGUGUUGCCCAGGCUGAAGUGUAUGACAUGGCAGCGGGUGACGGUGAAGGCCAAGAACAAGGUGAGAACAUGGUGGAUUCCGUGACGGGUCGCUGUUCCAAGUGUGGGAGCAAGCGGCAUGUGGUGCAGCCAAUUCGACGCAGAAGGGCAGUGGCCAGUCUGCAAACCCUGGAAAAGGUCAACAAGGCUCAAAAGGAGCAGGUGGUUCGAAAGGAAAAGGUGGCUCAGGAGAGCACUGCUGAUCAGGAGGAUUGGUGGUAUCAGGACGGUGAUGGUUACUGGUGGACAGCCACCAGUGAAUGGUCAGAGAUUGCCGCAGUGAGUGGCGAACCAGAAAAAGAGAGCUCACCUGCCGAACAAGGGGGAUAUUGGUUGUUAGACUCUGGAGCCGCCGCUACAGUGGUGUCUCAUGAGACUUACGAGCGUUUUCGAGACCACAAGGUCUUGGUGUUUCAUGAGCGAUCAACAGGUUGCAUAGGACAUGAGUUUGUAGGAGCUGCUGAACGUUCCGUCCGUACUUGCAAGGAGGGAAUCUCAGUGAUUAGGGUUCUUGCCGAGAUCCCUGACAGUAUCAAGGAGAAGUAUCCUAUGGCUUCGAGGUUCGUUGAUGCGAUCUACAUUGCGCCUGUUUGGAACUCAGUUGGUUGCGAGGUCAUUGGAGAAUUAUCAUCCAAUGGAGAGAUCGGGUUUGUGCGAUUCCAUGCAAAGAGUAUCAAACAUACCAUUCCUCUCACUUGGUCAACGAAGUUCUAUCAAGACUUGCAUCAACUUGUUGUCAGAGAACAUGAGCAUGGGAGCGUAUCUGAACCACCACCGCAAGUGUUGCCAGCUGCGAACCCAUCUUUGAGAUGCCACAAGUCAGGGCCACCUGUGGACUGGGUCAGGGGAGAAGGUGGGUACACGGACAACUGCAUCGCUUGCAGGGGCCUCAAGGAGCAGGGGACAAGAAAAGGACUUGUGCACUCUCGUGCAUGUUGCAAAAGAUAUGAAACCUUUUUGAAGGACCAGGCUUCAGGUGUAGGAGGUGAUUCUGUUCCACCACCCGUUGAGCCAGCUGAACCUUUUCCGCCUGAUUUCUUCAACGAGCCAGCUCAACCACCUGUGAAAGAUGGUACCAAGCCAGAGCCUGGACCUUCAGUGUCUUUUGAUGAUGAUGCCAAAUCCUUGUCUUAUGAGCCAUCAAUUGCUGAAGAAGCAGUGGAACCUGACCCGGACUUGGAUGACCAAGUUCGUCAUGGUAAACGUUUGAGUUUAGAAGAUUAUGGAGAUGUUUCUGAGAGGCCUGUCAAACGGAGGAUGUAUGGAAAAACCUCAGAUCUGGAAGGAGCUUUCCCACCGCCUUCCAGGGGAACUCCUCGUGGUCCUGGCCUUAAGAGACCAUCUGAGAUGAACUUGAAGGAGCUUGAGGAUGAAUUGAAGAAAGAUGACAUAGAUGCCAUCCAUUCUGAGUCACAACAUUGGGUUUCUCCGUUCAUGAAUCUUGCCGCUGUUGUGUCAGAGCCACCCAGCAUGUCACACAUGUUGGAAACUGAACCAGUAGCCAGUGUCCGUUUUGACUCUCAAGGGUCAAUACCUGAGUCGGUUGUGGUCAACAUGGGUGGGAUGCCAAUCAAAAUUUGGUGUCCUAUCGACGCGGUAGAUGACACGACUGGAGAAAUUUUGGAUGGAAAGAAAUGUCAUUUGGGAAUGAAGAAAGAGAUUGAAGGUUUGGAAGAAUGCCAGGCAGGUGAUUGCUACACAGUUUCAGAAUUUGAAAGGUUGAAAGAGAGAACGGACCACCCAAUCAGGCUCAUCAGCACGCGUUGGGUGACCAACGCCAAGGGAGACGAAGUUCGCUCCCGCAUGGUAGUGAAAGAUGUGAAGAACAAGGACUCAGCUAGGUCUUUGGGGAUUUCAUCACCAACUUUGGGAGCUGAUGCGUUUCAAUUGUUUCUCACCAUUUGUUCAGCUUGGAACUUCAUUGUCUAUACUUUGGACAUUAGUCAUGCUUUUAUGUAUACGCCUCUCCGUUGCCGCAAUGUCGCAGUUAAGCUUCCCAUGUCGUGCUCCACGGAGUCGGGAGAACCAGUCAUUCUGCACUGCGCCAAUGCUCUCAACGGGCUUAGGUCAGCAAGUUUGGAAUGGCUAUUGUUUCUGCAACAGCAACUGAGCGGUAUUGGGCUUCAUACAGAUGGGGCCGAGCCUUGCUUCAUGGCUGAACGAUUGCCUUCCGGCCGCAUGGGCAUGGUGAUUGUCUAUGUGGAUGACUUGGCGGUGGCAUGUGAGCAUGAGGAUGAUUUCAAGCUCAUCAUGGGCUGUUUGCAGAGAAAGCUGAAGGUGAAACAUACAGGGACAAUUGAGCGUGAAGGUGGGCAGGUGACCUUUCUUGGACGUGAGAUCGUCCGGCUUCCAGGUGAGAGUGCACUUUACGUGCAUCUUCCAGAGAACUAUUUGGAGAAGACCUUUGAAUUGUGGAACCUGAAGCCGUCCUCCAGUGGGAAGAAGAUACCAUGCCCCAACGUUUUGGCCAUCCUUGACCAAGAAACACCCGGCUCACCUCCUUUGUCGGGUGAGGCAUAUGCAAGAUUCAGGUCAACGUUGGGCAAAGUGGCUUGGAUGAGCCAGACCCGUCAGGAUCUGAAACAUUUCAUUGCUUUGCUGGGUACGGUUCAAGCGGAACCGACGCAGGCCGCAGAAAAGGCCUUGCGGUCUUUACUCAGAUUCUUGGUGACUGAUGACAGUGUUUCCCUUCGCUUGCCAUCUGAACAUGGUCUUGGAAGCAAGGUUUUCAGAGAAGUGGUGGCCUAUACGGAUGCAUCACAUGCACCAUCGACCAGAAAUCGCCGAGGAGUCAGUGGAGGUGUAUUGACCUACUUGGAAGGAGUCGUCAAAACUUACUCUCGGCACCAGACCUCAAUCAGCUCGAGCAGUUGCGAGAGUGAAUUGCAGGCGAUACAAAUGGUGGUUCAAGAAGCUGUCGUUCUUUCCCGAUUGGUCACUAGGAUCAUGCGGGCGCUUGGCCUUUUGAAAGAUGGCGAGUUCGCUGUGGCCCGAAUUUAUUCGGACAGUGAGAGCGCUUUAAAGCUCUUACAGACAGUAGACCUUCCGCGUAGAUCCAGACACAUCGAUAUAAAGAUUGAAUGGCUUCGGGAGCUGGCUGGGAAUGGCUUCAUGCCAAAGCCCAAGUCUGUCGGCUUCGCCUUGUUGGAAGUAUGCUGCGAUGAAAAUUCUCAACUUCGAGCUGUCUGUCAAGCUUGGGGAAUUCCCUAUCGUGGGAUCACCUAUGGAGUGGAAAUGCGAUCUGUUUACGAAAGAACCCGUGACUGGGUUGCAACUUUGAAGGUGGGUCUGCAUGUGCAUCUUUCAACGUUGUGCAUCCAGUGGAUCGCCUUUGAGAAGGCAGAGCGUGAAGCUCGAGAGGCCCGUGAGGCUCGUGAGAUGAGGGAGGAAGGAUCGGAUGCCAGCAUCCAGCUCAUCAGUGAGCACUGGACGCCGGUUCAUAUCCGCAAGGAUAUUCCGCUCCCUGCGGGUAUCCGUUCGUGGGGCCAAUGGUGCAACACGAUGAUCAGACGAAGCGACAAGGAAAUCCGCAAGUACCUGCUGUGGGUCCACAAGACCUACUGUACAGGUACUGCGCAGGCCACAGAACUGGUCAACGGACGUCUGGUGUUGAUUCACCAGAUUCGAAACCAGGCGACUGAUCUGGCUCUUUUCCUUGAAGCCAUGGACUUCCAAGGGGAACUGGAGUCAGCUGACACCUCUGAGGGUGCCGGAUAUGUCCGCACCUUCAGGCAGGGUGCAUAG